AUGGAUUCCAACCAGCAACCGUCGCCUAAUCCGGUAGGCCCCACUCAGGAAUUGUUCAAACCAUGGAAGGUCAUCGGGGUCUCCGCAUUCCUUGCAUCAGACAAUGAUUUCAUGAUAUUCCGGCGCUUCGGGGCUCUCAUUGCGAGACUUCUUCUUCGGUUACAAGAUGAAAUUGUAGUCCUCGAAAAGUGUCUGCAAGAGUUGGAAACCGUGGGCGCGAGACCAGAAGCCCCCGAUAUACACCAUGGUUCCUUCCGUCGCGAAGCGUUGCCAGAGCGUACUCAAACCCUGGAUGAGAUCUAUUCCAGAAUCAGGGAAUAUAACGAACUCCUGAUCCAAAACUCUGACCUUCGAGCACGACGCCCCGUGAAAGCUCGCAAUAUCGAUAGCUUGCGCAAUUUUUUCUGGAACGCACAUAAUGCUAUUCUAGAGGAAGAGGUUUUAUACGUAAAACAUUACGAGGACCUCAUUCAACUGGCAUAUGAUCCUUGGAGACCCUUGCGCGAGUUUGUACGCUCCCUUUCCAUCCGACUCCGAUUUCCGGAACGCAGACGCGUCACCUCCAUCGCGAAGUCCGAGAAGGUUAGGGUGGAGACCUACGGCUUCGGACUGUCGGAGCGCACGAUCGAUACAGUUGUUGUAAUCAUCUCCACGGCGAUGGCAGUGGCGCUGCUGAUUGUUCCGCUAUGGCUGCUAGCAGUCACGCAUGGAAUCAAGACCAGGCUGGGGAUUAUUACAGGAUUCGUUGUGCUAUUCCUAGCCAUUUCUGAGUUCACGACCGACACUAGAACACUUGAUGGUCUUUUAGCGGCUGCUGGGAAUUCAGUCAUUCGUCCGAAAAGUCUGUACCGCUUCUGGGUCUCAUCCAUGCCCAUGCUCCUGCGUCUCUCCAGUUUGCGUUUUCCUACCCUACCUUCGGCGUCUACCGCGUUAGCAACCUUCUCCCUCUUCAUGUGCGCGGCUAGCUCGGAUUCCCUCAAGAUCAUGUCUUCUCCGUCUUUGAAUAUCAUGUCUUCUCUAGCUUUGAAUAUCAUGUCCUCUCUGUCCUCGAAUAUAGGUCGUCUAUAUCCCUCCCGAGUGCUGUUCCUUUCCGCCGCAAAUCGUAGAUUUUCGAGACCUCCUGUGAGUUCUAAGCAACGUUGGUUCCUUAGACAAUCCCCUUUGUUACCACAGAAGGUCUCUCUUUUUGCGCACGUUAUACAGACAGCUGCUCGCUCGCAGGUUGGCCAAGGCCUGGACUUCGAACAUCUCGUCAACUGGCUCUUCUUGUAUUUUGCACAUGGCUCUGGUUCGCCUCUAGAUGGUCGUGAGUUGGGGGCGUCCACUUCGGUUCUGAUGCUGGGUCUCGACGAGGUCAGUGACGGUGACCCUGGAGGUGGGCGCGGAGGAGCUGCGUGAAAUCGAUGCUUCGCUCUCCUUAC